UUGGCGUUAUGCUAGAAUGUUACCACGUGCAAUUAUUUACCGCUCGGCACUGAUUCUGAUGAUUAUCGCAUCGAAAUUAAACUGCCAACUGGCAAUACCGACGCCGGGCAUCAUCAAUGUGCCACCGCUAGGCGAUUCGAUACGAAAAGGCAAUGUUGGCGGAGGUGGUGGCGGUGGCGGUGGCGGUCAUGGUCGUGGCAACAUUGAAGGAGACGUUGCUGCUGCCGAUGAGCCAAUGUCUGGGCAAGUCAUCAAUUUGACUAGACAACAUGAUGGCGAUGUUUUUCGUACGAAUGGCAUGUCAACUUGUAACAUGGACACUUGCGUGGGGCUAUCUAGCGGAACAGCAGGACUUUUCAUGGCUGGAAACGAUAAAACUGAUUUGCGACAUGACAAGAAAAAUAUGGAUCCAGAAGGAAUAUGUGAUUGUCGGUGUUUACCAUAUUUGCAGACUUACCGUGAAGAUUUGGGAAUAUGCGUUGAUGACAUUCAUGAAUGCACCUUGUCGCCUUUUGUCAGUGGAUCAUCUUCGGAGAAAAUACCAUUUGUAUUUUUGCCAUUGCGAGGCCAAAUCAUUUAUCCAAGUAGAGAAAUCAGUUUUUCUGAUAUACGAACACCAGUUUGUGCUGUGACUGGAGCACAAUACUUGACCAAUACUGGUUGGGCUGAUUUGAGGAAUCCAAUUGACACAGACUAUCCAUUUCGGAUGUUUCGUGAUGAAGGAAGAACUUUUUUACAGUGGCUCGGUGAAUCUGAUCUCCGUCAAAAAAUGCAAGGCCGUUUAAUUGUCGUUCACAUAAUGUGCCGCGACAUGAUGAUCUCAAAAAAUGCAACAAAAGAUCUAAGAAAUCCUCCAAAGAAUGUCUUCUCUCCAUGUGUUGCAUUCCGUGUCAAUGGUAGUCCAGUUAAAUAUUCUCAUAAUGUAUCUGAGGUACUCUUCCAAUCUGAAGCAACAUCAACCCUCGCCUCAACAUCAGAUGGCAUCAUGAGCACCAAAGAAUACAUUGUCAUUGGUAUAUGUAGCCUCCUUCUCGGGCUGAUUUACGUCUCCUCUGUAUUUCUUUAUUUGCACAUGAAAAAGCGCAAAACUCAAGCCCAAGAGUUACGCAGCAGUUUAAAUGAUCUCGCCAACGAGAUCAAUUACCCCAAGAAUGAUCAAGUAACUUUUGGUGCUCCAUUUCAUCGUAAUGGCAGUGUAUAUUCAGCAGCAAGUUUAAGUCCAGAGCAUCGUUUAAAUGGUGGACAUAUUAAAGAGGAAAUGGGUAUUGUGAAGAAUAAUCCACUGUUGCAACAUUUUCCCAAUCUAAGCGAUCAUCAUUCGGGUUUCACAAGUGACAUUUCCAAUUCGAAUUCUGAAUGUGAGGAUGUUCAUGAUAAGAUCAAACAGAUGCAAACGUCUGUACAUGUCCAUAAUAAUGGAGGUGCAGGUGGUAGUAAUGGCAAUGAUACCAUUGAUUCAGGAAUCGAUCCAUCAGCAUCGCCAACGCAAGAAAAUGAAUGUCUUCCCGAAGAAAAUGUAUCCAUCACCGAGGACAUGAUGAACGAAGAAAAAAUGGAAAAUAUGAAGGCAAUUGUUAAUGGGACAAUUCGAAAGAAACUCUAUUUCAAUCCGGCUUAUUUUGAACCACAUUUACUUCAGUCUCCACCACCAGCUGCCAUAGAGUUUCUAACAAAAAUACGGGAAGUAAUAGCCAUUGCUAAAUACAAAAUGGCUACCAAACGGUAUCAGCCUUCACUGAUUAUGAUUCCUGAGGAAUUUCCACUGAAGACACCCUCACAAACUGGAUCUUCACAGAUUUUGUACAGUGGAACUUAUGGAUCUUCAACAGAAUGUCAAGGCUGUGUGACAAAUCGCUGCAGUGGACAUGUGAAAAAUUGUGGAGACAAGCGAAAUAGUAUUGAAAAAUGGUUGGAGACUGUCCCUCAAAGUGACAAUGAAGAUACAAAGCGAUCAAACCCUUCUGCUGAUCGUCCGAAGAAUCGUAACAAAACAAGUCCGCCAAAGGUGCUAAGUGCGCCAAAGCAUAAACCUCCUCCACCACCGGUUUCAGCUAAUGGAACACCAAAGAUUAUUUCACACUCCCUCAAGCCAAAUGUCAAUACGGUCGCGAUCAGUAUAAAUUCGGGGGGUUCACCACCACCGACUCCGACAACACCAUCAGCGACGAUUACAAUUACCAAGAAGAAGAAUGAUAAUAUCUACGCCUUUGCUGAAACUGGUGGAGAGAUUUAUAACAAUCCCAAGUUUAGUCUACACGACUCUCCAUCGCCAUCUCAGAAAAGUCGUAACUCUCCAAAUCGAGCAAAAACUCCAACAAAAAGUGGAGAUCAGUAUGCUGCCAAACCGAGUGAUCGGAAGCACUAUGAGAUGCUUAGGAACAUGAAGAGAAUGCCAGAUAUGGUCUAUGAGGCUUUAGCUAAAGAUUACUCCAGGGGAAGCUUUUCAAAGACAAACGGCUAUAGUUUAGACAUUCCAACACCUGACUAUGACAGUACAAUGGAGAAAAAGAUAAAAGACAUCUACAAUUCUACACAAAGUACAGCUCCAUCUGUUCCCACACCCGAUUACAGCACUUUGAGUAAAAAAUCUCUGAGACAAUGUCAACCGGAUUCUCCGGUUUACAGGCGAAGAUCCCCCCAAUAUCUGAUCGUUGAUUAUGAGACUGACAGUCUUGAGAGACUGGAUACAAAAAGAAAGUCAUCAAACUCCUCUUCAUCACCAUCAUCCGAUGUCAGUUCACAACUCAGUCCAAGUCUCAGUACAGCCCUGCCUUUGGAAGAAGAAGUCGAAAUCAGACACACGAUCUAUGACAAGAUCGAUGGGUUUCGUAAAGAUGGCGACUCGAAUAUCAAGAAGAAAGUAGCAAAGCCCAAUAAUGUCCAAUCGACGAAAGAAAUUGCUGCCCGAAUAAAAUAUGACACGCCCUUUCGUGGGAGUAUGACCAUUGAGGUGGAACACGAACCGCAAAGUGAUCUAGAACUGUCAACCGAUAGUGAUCAAUUCGAACCGGAUACUUUAGAUCGAAAAAUGAAGAAGCAUAGUUUUUGCGAUGUGAACGCCUGGUCGGAACAUUUAAAUAAGUCACGAAAUUUUGUAAAUUCCCUCGAUGGUAAGAUCAGUUAUUCUUCGUUGGAGAAUAUGACAACUUUGACAGAUAUCGAUUCGAAUGAACAGCGAUCGAAUCAGUUUAUUCUACGAUCAAGUAAUUCAUUUCGGGCGACUCGUCCGUCUUUUGGAAGCUUGCGAGAGAUCUAUCAAUCAAAAGUGAUCGGUUCGAAUAACAAUCGACCAAAAUUGACAAGCAUAAGUUUCACCGAGCAAGGUCGAAUUUUGACACUUGAAGCGAAACAUUGUCGCAGACAGCGAGUGAUUCCUCAUGAAGACAAAUGUGCCAUGCCACCAGAUAUUAUUCCUGAUGGCACAACAAACGAUAAGACCAAUCAACAAACGGACUCAUACGAAGAGAUUCAGACAAAAAACCCGAAGGGUUGGAACACCAAUAAUUUCAGUGGAUCAAAAAAGCCACUUACAACAUCAAAGUAUGAAAAUGACAUUUACCAUGAUGACAAUAAUAAUAAUAAUAACAACAAUGAAGAUGAUGAUCAAGAUGAUGAACAAGAAUCGACGAGCAAUCAUAGUGAGUCCACAGAAGUUACUGGUGUUUCAGAUACCCAGGCAAAUAAUUCGGAAGUUGACGAUUACAAAACGUCAGAGAGAAAGAAAGAGAAACCAAGUGUCACUACUAUGAGUCAGAAGAAGAAGACGAAAAGUAAAUUGAAUCAGGAGCAGGAGUAUAGUGCCAUGUAUGAGUCCAAAUUGAAUGGUGUUCGAACAGAUUAUAGUUUGAAUAAAUAUUUGAAUCGGAAGAAGGCCAAUGUCGAGGAGGAAGAAGAGGAUGAGAAUGAUCGAAUAGAAGAUGGGAAGAAUAUUGAUGAUCCGAAUAAGGUUGAGAUUCUGUCAAUUAGUUCGCUGUCAAGUCGAUUGUCAGAUCGGACCAAAGAAAUGUACAGAAAUGCUGGGGUCCCAGUGGGUAUUGCUUAUCCUCAGAGGAAUGGGGCAAAUGUCCAAACAGUUUAUCGCUGUGAGAUCCCACCGCUGUCAAAUGGAAUGCAAAUUGCCAUGGGUCUAAAAGAUCGUGCUAAAAAGACGAAAGAUCUUAAGAAUGCCUGGAAGAAGUUUGUAAGCAUGGCAGCGUCAAAGUUUAGUCCCACGAGUAGUCUCUCGCAGAUUGACAAAACAGCAGCUUACUUGGAGUCUACGGACAAAGAUGAUGGCAUUUCAUCGUUGAUCGAUGAUCAUACAAAAGUUGGGAGUGUGAAGAGCAGUUCUUCAGCUCCACAAAGCUAUACGAACUAUUACGAACAACGUUAUGGCCAUCGACUGACAGAUCUAGACAGUGGCUAUAUGAGUGCUGACUCUAGCGAUGUUUACAACAGACGAUUUUACGAUCGCUACAAUUUCAAGAUGAUGAGUGGGCGUGAUCGUGUAAUAAGAGUAGAUACAAUUGAAGAUCAUUCAGAUACACAUAGUAGUGAAGAUCAUGUCGAUGGUGAUGCUGAGUCAGAUAGUAAUCGAACUCUCGAGAGGGUUAAAAGUGACAAAGAAGAUCGAGAUAAGGACGAUGAUGAAGAUUCUAAUCGAACACUUACAAGAAGUCUUGGACGAAGAUCUUCAAGAAAAAUGGUUCCGAUAAGUAUUUACUCUUCAGAUGAAGAAGAACGAUCUCAAAGUCGAGCGUCUUAUAUAUCACAAACUGAAACUGAAGAAGAAGGUGAACCUUAUGCAGAUGAUACGUGUGAAUCGGGAGCGGAGAGUGUGGAAACACAUUCGGUUUUGUAUAAAAAUAUUAGAAAAGCUUGAAGAAUGUGAAGAUCUUCUCAACUUUUUUUUUGUAAAUUGAUCUAGUAUUGUAAAUAUUUUCUUAUAAAUUCU